AUGGCGGACGAACGGUUGCCCUUGGAUGAGCUACUGCCAGACCAACCAAAUCGAUUCUGUAGCCGUGAUUUUCAAAUUCAUUCCCAUGGCGUUUGGGAUCAAACUGAAGCCAGAGGCUUUCUUAAGUUUGCUUUACCUCGUCUUCAAUUACAAUUGGCGAUCAUGUUCCUCCUCACUCAAUCUCUCCAUACAUUGCUCAAGCAUUGCUAUUUGCCUCGCAUUGUCUCUGAGAUCCUGGCUGGUGUGAUAUUAGGACCAAGUAUUCUGGGGAGCAUCCCAAAUUUUACAGAAACCUUUUUCCCUGUCCAAGGAGAAGCAUUUCUCGAGUUGUUAGGGAAGAUUGGCUUCAUGUUCUUUAUGUUCCUGAUUGGAGUGAAGAUGGAUGCAAGCAUGGUAAGAAAAGUUGGAAUUAAGGCCUGGAUUAUUGGGGCUGCGGCAGUAGUAAUUCCAGUAUGUGUUGGUUCGGGCUCGUUGAUUCGUGUCUUACACACUACUAAUCUGCACAGUUAUAGAUGGCCAGCUGUUAAAAAUGUCUUGGCGAUACAAACUUUGAUCCCAUUUCCUGUCAUCGCAUCCCUCCUCAUCGACCUGAAAAUCAUGAACACUGAGCUUGGCCGCCUUGCAUUGGCAACAACUUUGAUCAGCGAUUUUCUUAGUACAAUAUGCAAUGCCGCCAUUGUAAUCGUGUUCACCAUGCGCCCUGUAUUUGUAUGGAUCAUCAGACGGACACCUGAAGGGAAGCCAGUGAAAGGAACUUAUAUCGCUUUCAUAGCUUUAGCAGUUCUGGUCUCGGCCAUUAUGACUGACAAUGUGGGGUUUCGCUACCAUAUAGGUCCUUUCAUACUUGGCUUGUGUGUGCCAGAUGGACCGCCUUUGGGUUCAACACUAGUUGAGAGAUUGGAAUCUGUAAUCUCGGGGUUGUUUGCACCAGUUUUGUUGACAUUCUGUGGACUGAAAUUAAAUUUGUAUGUGCUUUAUGAUCUCGACUUUGUGGGUUAUAUGUCAGCGGUCAUAUCUAUAUGUGUCGUGAUGAAGUUCAUGGCAAUUUUUUUGCCGGCUUUGCUUGGAAAAGUGCCUCUCAGAGAUGCAGCUGCUCUUUCUCUUAUCAUGAGUGCCCAAGGCAUCGUCGAACUAGCUAUCUAUUUGACUUUCUUCGUAAAUCAGACUAUAGACGAGGACACCUUUUCUGUGGUGACACUAUCAGUAUUGAUAGUAGCUGCGAUCACAUCGGUUCUGGUGAGACUCAUCUAUGAUUAUUCGAGGAAAUAUUCCGGCUAUCAGAAAAUAAACAUUCUCCAUGCUCCAUAUGAUGCUGAGCUGCGAAUACUUACAUGCUCCCAUCGACAAGACGAUGCAUUUGCUGCUAUAAAGCUACUUGAAGCAUCGUAUCCUAGCAGAGAGAGUCCAAUUGCAGCCUAUGCACUCAAUCUGGUGGAGCUUGUUGGCCGAUCCUCACCACUAUUAAUCAACCAUGAGCUAGGCCAAAAAUCUUCCACGGGUGGCUCUCGUUCACAGCCGAUGAUUGAAGCUUUUCAUCAAUUCGAACAGCAAUAUGCAGAAUUAGUCAAUGUCCAAGUCUUCACCGCAAUCUCACUACCCAAGUUCAUGCAUCAAGACAUUUGUUCACUCGCUUUUAGCAAGAUGUCAUCCCUAAUAAUACUUCCAUUUCACAAGAAAUGGAAUCACCAAGGCAAAAUGGUUUUCGACAGCAAUGUUUUGAGGACAUUAAACCGUCAAGUGUUGGACCUGGCUCCUUGUUCUGUAGGCAUUCUUAUUGAUCGUCGCAAAAUACGAGCUGAAUCAUCUACGUUACCCCUGCAAUCAGUUUAUCAGGUGGCUGUAGUUUUUCUUGGCGGCGAUGAUGAUCGCGAAGCAUUGGCUUAUGGAAAACGAAUGGCGAAAUCACCAGCAGCUCACUUGACAGUUAUCAGGCUCAUUGCACAGGAUGACAUGGGUGAGAAGCAAUGGGACACAGUGCUUGACACAGAACUUCUGAAGGAUAUAAAACUUCAAUCACCAUUCCAGCGUAAUGUAGAGUACCGAGAGGAAAAGGUGAAAGAUGGGCCUGAUACGGCUUUGAUAAUUCAUGCAAUGGAGGAAGCUUUUGACCUCAUCGUCGUGGGAAGACGCCAUAGAGAAGAUUCACCACUGUUAUCAGGCCUAGCAGAAUGGAAUGAGCUACCGGAGCUAGGGCCAGUCGGAGACAUACUGGCUUCAGCAGAUAUCAAGAAACCAGUGUCUGUCCUGGUUGUACAACAACAAAUCAUGAAGAACAAGUGA